GCGCGAGUCGCCGUAGUGCCCCUCCCUCCACCACUCUGUUCCCGGCCAACAUGGCGGCCCCCGAGUCAGCGCCGGCUUUGAGUCCCGGCUCUGCGGACGAGGAGGAGACGAUUCUCUAUGACUUGCUGGUCAAUACCGAAUGGCCACCUGAGACAGAAGUGCAGCUCAGAGGCAACCGAAAGCACGGUGCAUCAUUCAUCAUCACAAAAGCAAUCAGAGAUCAUCUGUUAUUUUUGCGUCAGUACAUCUGGUACAGCCCUGCUCCGUUUUUGCUUCCUGAUGGACUGGUUCGCUUGGUCAAUAAACAGAUAAACUGGCAUUUGGUACUCGCAAACAAUGGCAAGCUUCUGGCUGCUGUCCAGGACCAGUGUGUGGAGAUCAGGUCUGCAAAAGAUGAUUUUACAUCAAUUAUUGGGAAAUGUCAAGUUCCAAAAGACCCAAAGCCCCAGUGGAGACGGGUAGCAUGGAGUUACGACUGCACACUGCUGGCCUAUGCCGAGAGCACAGGGACUGUAAGGGUGUUUGAUCUUAUGGGCAGCGAGCUCUUUGUCAUUGCCCCGGCAUCUGUCUUUGCUGGGGACUUAAGCUACGCCAUUGCUGGGUUGGUAUUUUUAGAAUACAAAGCCAGUGCACAGUGGUCUGCAGAGCUCUUGGUCAUCAAUUACCGGGGAGAACUUAGAAGUUACCUUGUCAGUGUUGGAACAAAUCAGAGCUACCAAGAGAGUCACAGUUUCAGCUUUAGUGGUCAUUAUCCGCAUGGAAUAAAUACUGCUAUUUACCACCCUGGUCAUAGGCUUUUACUGGUUGGUGGAUGUGAAACUGCUGAACUGGGCAUUUCCAAAGCUGCUAGCUGUGGCCUUUCUGCAUGGAGAGUCCUUUCAGGCUCACCGUAUUAUAAGCAAGUUACUAAUGGUGGAGACAGGGUCACUGAGGUGCCAAAGACCCUGGGAUUAUUAAAGCUGCUAAGUGUCAAGCUUUCCCCUCGCCUGGGACAAGAACAGGAUGGGAUCUUCAAGAUGGGCCUGUCUCCUGACGGGAGCCUCCUUGCGGCGAUUCACUUCUCAGGGAAGCUGAGCAUCUGGGCCAUUCCAUCUCUGAAGCAACAAGGAGUCUGGCGUCAAGAUGAGCAGCCAGGCUACAAUGAGCUUAAUCCUGAUUGGAGGUUGUCUCCUGAGAAGAGAAAGAAAGUAAAAGAUAAAGAGUCCUUUUAUCCAUUGAUUGAUGUCAAUUGGUGGGCAGACGGCGCAGUGACCCUGGCUCGCUGCUCCGGUGCAUUAACUGUUUCAUCAGCGAAAAGUUUGAAGAAUUUACUGGGAAAAUCCUGCGAAUGGUUUGAGCCCUCUCCCCAGGUCACUGCCACCCAUGAUGGGGGGUUCUUAAGUUUGGAGUGUGAAAUUAAACUUGCCCCUAAAAGAUCUCGAGUGGAGAUGAGGGCUGGAGAAGAAGAUGAAGGGGAAGUGGAUUCUGACUCAGAUCCUGAGACCUCUGCCAAGGCUCGCUAUUUUGGGUACAUCAAGCAAGGCCUUUACUUAGUUACGGAGAUGGAGAGGUUUGCACCUCCUCGGAAACGGCCUCGAACUAUCACAAAGAACUACCGCCUUGUGAGUCUGCGCUCCACAACUCCAGAGGAGCUUUAUCAGAGAAAGAUUGACAGUGAAGACUAUGAAGAAGCCUUGUGUUUGGCUCACACCUACGGCCUGGAUACUGACCUUGUCUAUCAGAGGCAGUGGAGGAAGUCCGCUGUCAACAGUGCUUCAAUUCACAAUUACUUGAGUAAAAUCAAGAAGCGGUCUUGGGUUCUCCAUGAGUGUUUGGAGAGAGUUCCUGAGAACGUGGACGCUGCCAAGGAACUGCUGCAGUAUGGCUUGAAAGGCACAGACCUGGAGGCUCUCGUCGCCAUAGGAAAGGGUGUGGAUGAUGGCAGAUUUACCUUACCAGGUGACAUAGACAUUGACAGCAUUGCCUAUGAGGAGCUUUCCCCAGCAGACAAAGAGCCUUCCAAGAGCAAACGGCAGGAAGAGCUUAAGAAGAGACGCGAUCUGCUUAAAUUAGUGAACUUUUCAAAGUUGACCCUGGAACAAAAGGAACUGUGCCGUUGUAGACUGAAGUUAUUAACCUUCUUAGAUCGUCUUGCAACAUAUGAGGAAAUCCUAGGGGCGCCACAUGCAUCUGAACAGAGGUAUGAUGCUGAAUUUUUUAAGAAGUUCAGAAGUCAGAAUAUUGUUCUCUCAGCAAGAACGUAUGCUCGGGAGAGUAAUGUCCAAGCCCUGGAAAUCCUGCUGACAUACCACGGCUCUCAUCUGCUCCCUCAUCGCCUUGCCAUCCUCUCUAACUUCCCAGAAACCACCUCUCCACACGAAUAUGCUGUUUUGUUGCCAGAGGCUUGUUGGAACAAUGACUCCUUGACAAUCAUCCCUUGGGCUGAGCAUAAACACCGAGCUGAAGACUGGUGCGAGGAGUUGGAAUGCAGAAUGGUGGUGGAGCCGAGCCUGCAGGAUGACAGUGAGUUUCUGUAUGCUGCGCAGCCUGAGCUACUGCAGUACAGGACGCCCCAGCUUACUGUGGAGAAGGUGAUGGCCUGGUAUCAGAGCAGAGCAGAGGACAUAGAGCACCAUGCUGGGCAGGUGGACUGCGCCUUGUCACUUGUUCGCCUUGGAGUGGAGCGCCAUAUUCCUGGCUUGCUGACUCUCUGUGAUGAUUUGGUGACGCUGGAAACACUGGUUUAUGAAGCAGGCUGCGACUUCACCCUCACACUCAAAGACCUGCAGCAGAUGAAAGACUUUGAAAAACUAAGAUUACUGAUGGAGCAUUGUUCUGAGGACAAUUAUGUGACCAGUGCUUACCAGUGGAUGGUUCCCUUUCUCCACCGCUGUGAGAAACAGUCUCCAGGUGCAGCCAAUGAGCUACUAAGAGAAUAUCUAGUAACUUUAGCUAAAGGAGACUUGAAACUUCCCUUGAAGAUAUUUCAGCAUUCUAAACCAGAUCUCCAGCAAAAAAUUAUUCCUGAUGAGGACCAGCUGAUGGCCAUAGCGCUCGAAUGCAUCUAUAACUGUGAACGAAGUGACCAGCUCUCCCUCUGCUAUGACAUCCUAGAAUGCCUCCCACAAAGGGGGUGUGGGCAUAAUACAAAGGUAACCUCAUCUCUUCAUGACAUGGUAGACCAACUGGAGAAAAUUCUCAGUGUGUCAGAGCUUUUGAAAACACAUGGACUGGAGAAACCAGUUUCAUUUGUGAAGAACACCCAAUCUAGCUCCGAAGAGGCUCGCAGCCUGAUGGUUCGCCUGACCAGGCACACUGGGCGGAAGCAGCCUUCUGUUGGUGAGUCUCACUGGAGGAUGCUGCUGCAGGACAUGUUGACCAUGCAGCAGCACGUGUACACGUGCCUCGAUUCCAGUGCUUGCUAUGAGAUAUUUACGGAGAGCCUUCUGUGCUCCAGUCGCCUGGAAAACAUCCACCUUGCAGGGCAGAUGAUGCAGUGUAGCGCCUGUUUGGAUAAUCCUCCAGCUGGUGCGCUCCAUAAAGGAAGAGCCCAGUACAGGGUCAGCUAUGAGAGAAGCAUCGACUUGGUUUUGGCUGCCAGCAGAGAGUACUUCAACUCUUCCACCAACCUCACUGACAGCUGCAUGGAUUUGGCCAGGUGCUGCUUACAGCUUAUAACGGACAGGCCGGCUGCCAUUCAGGAGGAAUUAGACCUCAUUCAAGCCCUGGGGUAUCUUGAAGAAUUUGGGGUGAAGACCCUGCCUUUGCAAGUACGCUUGUGUUCUGACCGAAUCAGUCUCAUCAAGGAGUGUGUUUCCCAGUCCCCCACAUGCUACAAACAGUCAGCCAAACUGCUAGGCCUUGCUGAGUUGCUGAGAGUUGCAGGUGAAGACCCAGAAGGAAGGCGUGGGCAGGUCCUGAUCCUGUUAGUGGAGCAAGCACUCCAUGUGCAUGACUACAAAGUAGCCAGUAUGUACUGUCAGCAGCUGAUGGCCGCAGGCUACCCAGAGAGUUGGGCUGUGUGUAGCCAGUUGGGCCAGUCAGAAGGUUACCAGGACCUGGCCACUCGUCAGGAGCUCAUGGCUUUCGCUUUGACACAUUGCCCUCCCAGCAGCAUUGAACUUCUCUUGGAAGCCAGCAGCUCUCUUCAAACAGAGAUUCUUUAUCAAAGAGUGAACUUUGAGAUCCAUCCUGAAGGAGAGAAUAUUAGUGCCUCACCUUUACCUGUUAAAGUUCUACAAGAGGAUGCUGCUGCUUUGGGCAGCAGUUCAGCUGACCUGUUACACUGGACCACUGCAACCACCAUGAAAGUCUUGUCCAAUACCACAACUACUACCAAGGCUGUGCUGCAGGCUGUCAGUGAUGGGCAGUGGUGGAAAAAGUCCUUAGCAUACCUGCGACCCUACCAGGGGCAGGAAUUUGGUAGAGCAUAUCGAAUUGGAAUUGUAGCCAAUGAUGACCUAGAAAGACAAGGAUGUCACCCUUUUUAUGAGUCAGUCAUCGCUAAUCCCUUUGUCACCGAGCAGGUCCCUGUGGAAAGCUUUGCUGAAGUGUUGCUGAGAACUGGAAAGCUGACAGAGGCUCAGACACAAGUGUUUCCAACCACGGAAGUUCUCUUGCAACUAGCAAGUGAUGCUUUGCCGAAUGACAUGACAUUGGCUCUUGCUUAUCUCCUUGCCUUACCUCAGGUGUUGGAUGCUAACAAGUGCUUCGAGAAGCAGGCUCAUUCGGCACUGUCUCUCCAGCUGGCAGCCUACUACUACAGCCUGCAGAUCUAUGCCCGAUUGGCUCCAUGUUUCAGGGACAAGUGCCAUCCUCUUUACAGGGUUGAUCCCAAGGAAUUAAUCAAGAUGGUUACCGGUCAUGUGGCUCAACAUGGGCAUGAAGGCUGGCCUGAGGACCUCUUGUCCCUGAGCAGGCAACUGCACUACUACAGCGAGCGUCUUCUGGAUUUUACCCAGGCUCAGCUCCUCCAGGGCCUGCGGAAGGGCGUGGACGUGCAGAGGUUUACUGCUGAUGACCAGUACAAAAGAGAAACCAUCCUGGGCCUGGCAGAAAGCCUUGAGGAAAAUGUCUACAGCAUCGCUCUUUCCCUGGCACAGCGGUACAGUAUCUCACAGUGGGAAGUCUUCAUGACCCACUUGGAGUUCCUGUUCAGUGAGAGUGGUUUGUCCACAGGAGAAAUUGAAAAGCGAGCCCAAACCCUUCACCUCUUUGACACUUUGAAGACAGAUCCUGAGUCCUUUCAUAAACACAUGGUCAAGUAUAUCUAUCCCACCAUUGAGGGUCUUGACCAUGAAAGGCUGCUGUAUUAUUUCACUCUCCUGGAAAGCUGUGGUUGUGCCAACUUUGAAACAACUGCUAUUAAACCAGAAAUCCACAUUCGUCUGCUGAAGAAAUUUAAAGUUGUUGCAUCAGGUCUUAAUUAUAAGAAGCUGACCGAUAAAAGUGAGGAUGCGCUGGAAGCCCUGGAGCCUGUGCUCACGAGUCAGAAUAUCUUAUCUAUUUCCAAACUCGCCCCCAGAAUCCCUGGGAAGCAUGGGCAGAUGCUUUCCCCCAGCUCUCUGUACACCGUCUGGUUGCAGAAGUUGUUCUGGGCUGGAGAUCCGCACCUCAUCAAGCAGGCUCCGGAGUCUUCCGCAGAGUGGCUUCAUGCCUGUGAUGUCUGCCUGAAGUACUUCGAUCGACUCUGUCCGGAUGACCUCAUCACUGUGAUGGAUGCAAUUACAUUUUCUCCAAAAGCUGUGUCCAAGCUGUCAGUAGAAGCACGCGAAGAGAUGACCAGAAAGGCCAUUAAGACAAUCAAGCAUUUCAUAGAGAAGCCAAGGAAAAGAAAUUCAGAAGAGGACCCCCAAGAAGGUCGUGGUUCUCAGGCCACCUAUCCAGAUGCCUUGGCUCAUCUGGAGACGUCGCUUGCCCACCUGGAAACCCUCAGCCACAGCUUCAUCCUCAGCCUGAGGAAUAGUGAGCAGGAAAUACUCCAGAAAUACAGUUACUUCUACGAUCUGUCACGGUCAGAAAAGGAGAAAAUUCAUGACCAAGCUGUGGCCAUGUGUUUAGAUGGCCAACCUCUAAGGAUGAUUCAGCAGCUGCUAGAAGUGGCCAUUGGUCCUGUCAACAUCUCUCCCAAGGAUAUAGUGCAUACUGCAAUCACUCAAAUAAUUUCUGCAUUGAGUGGUGGCAGUGCUGAUCUCUGUGGGUCACGCGACCCCCUCCAGGUCCUAGAAGGUGUUGUUGGGGCAGUCCGCACCAGUGUGGACAAUGGGGAGGAGCUGGUGUCUGCUGAAGACGUGCUGCAGUGGCUGCGGCCUUUCUGUGCUGAAGACACAUAUCCUGUGAGGCCUCGAAUCCAGGUGCUCCAGCUCUUGGGGCAGUCCUUCCACCUGAGUGAGGAGGAUGGCAAGCUCCUGGUGUUCUUCCGAACGGAAGCCAUUCUCAGAGCAGCAUGGCCUCAGAGACAGGUGGACAUAGCUGACAUUGAGAAUGAAGAAAACCGGCACACUCUGUUCUCGGAGCUCCUGGAGUCUAGUCACCGUGAGGUCGAAUUUCAGCACUUGAUUUUACUCUUGCAAGCUUGGCCACCUAUGAAAAGUGAAUGUGUCAGCCUAGCCAACAAUCCGUGGGUGAGACUAGUGACUGCGAUGCUGACCAGAUGUACAGAGGAGAACAAGCAGAGCCUAGGGGACGAGGUGUUGAAGAUCUGCCGCUCCCUCUACAACACCACACAGAUGCUCCCCGUGGAGGGUGUGAAGGAGCUGUGCCUGCUGCUGCUGCACCAGUCCCUCCUGCUGCCGUCCCUGAAGCUUCUUCUGGAGAGCGGUGAGGAAAGUCUACAGGCCAUGGCCCUGGAGCAAAUCUCAGCCGUCACUAAGGAAAUGGAGACCUUUGAAGAAAAUCAUCACUGGAUACAAUGCCGAGUUCAAUGAGUCAUGGAGAGUACAGCUCCAAAGGAUGUAUCUACAUCACAGGUCCUGUAUCUAGGGUUCAUGUAUCCUGGAGCAUUGCAGAAAAAUGGGUGGAAAGAGAAUAAGAGCCAGAACACCAAUGAGGCUGCUGUGCAACAGUCUCUCCUAGAAAUGCCUGCAUAAACAACACUGGAAAUAAUAGCAAUAGCAACGGACAUGUUAACUUGGAAGGGCAAAAUUUCAUGUGGUCCCAUUCCUAGAAAAAGAACUACAGGUAAGUACUGACUGCUGGGAGAAAGAAAAUUAACCUUUCCCAGGAAGGAGUUCCCUUAUUUAUUACAGAGUGAUCAGCGUGAAGCUACGCUACAUAUAGAAAAACAACAGAAAGUCACCACAUUUUAUAUAUAUAAUAUAUAGUGCACACACACACAUAUAUGUAACAAAUGUAUUAAAAGAUAUAGAGAUUAAUGACUUGAUAGGGGGCAUGGAAGGGGUUCCAGGGAAGGUACUUGCUAGAGGGAAGGAAGAAAGGGGAGAAGAGAUGUAAUUCUAUUUCAAUUUAAAAAUAGAAAAAAAUCAACAAUUUUAGAUGGGUAGUGUGGCUUACAGUAGUUUUGCUGUAAUGCCUUAGCUUGUGAGGCAUGGUGGGAGAGUUUUCUAGUACUCCCUUAGAGACACAGGGACAUCCAUGGUCUAGUUCAAACUUCUUGACACCAGCAUCUUUUUGUUUUGUGUGGCACUCAUGAUCCUUGUGUCUUUUUUGACAUCAGAAUGCUCCCCACCCCAGAGCUCUUCUGAACAAGCUUGCUCUAUGGAGCUGUGCGGCUUGAUUAUACGUGUGCAGACUGCCAGAUUCUGCACUUUAUUCUACACCCAGUCAGUCACUCUUCUCUUGCUCCUCCCCACUUCUUUAACUCUUGAGUCCCUAAAUCUUAUCUUUGUAGACAUAUAUAGAGGCUCUCUGAACCUUCUGCUAGGCUGCCUCCUUUUGCAAAACUUGUCAUUUCAAUAUUACUCCAAACAUGCCUGGUUGAGUACUAGUAGUUCCAGACUCUGCUCCUGUUGAAGAGACAACUUAUAUCCCGUUCAGGUGCUUAUCACCAAGCCUUAAGUAAAGAUAGCCAUCUCUCUCUGCACCACACUGUACAGAAAACUACAUGAAACAAACAUAGAUUGCAACAAGCUACAAAAAAGGGAAACCCUUGCGACCCACCACUGCCCUUGUCAGGAGGAAGAGUUUAAAGUCACCUUAGAUGCCUUAACAGACCAUUCGCAGUCUCUACUAGAGAAUCAGGUGACCAUCUGAGGAACGGAAUCAAGAACUAAAAUGCAUUACCUCUGCUUAUUGCUGUGUCUGUGGUGCGUUUUGUCUCACAUGCUGCUGUGAACUCAAGGAAUAUUCUGCUUAUUUCCAGAACUGCAGCUCAGUGAAGUUCAAGUGCAUUUCUUACUGACAGAUAGUAAAGAGUAUUAUAUACAGAUGGGACCCUGCUUGGUAUGAGAGGAGGUAUCUGGUGGACUAUAGAAAUGUAAACAUGGCCUUCCUAAUGCGGUUUUAAUGGGCUUCAUUUCUGGACAUUAACCAGAGUUUUCAUUGUAAGUACUAAAAGAUUUGUUCUCCAGGCCAAUUCUUCCCUUUAGAAUUUCGCUAAAGAUUUGACCUCAACCCCUACGGUUCCUUUAUUUUCUUGUUCCAGUGAAUUGAUUCUCUAGUUUGUGAGUUCUGGAGUCCAUGUGGAGUGGUAUUUACCGCAUUUUAAUUGAUUGGAUUGCCUUGGUCAGCAUUAGGGUUGAUUUUAUAUGAGAUCCUAAACUCACCCGAAUGCCUGGAUGCUAAGACUUAAAGCUCUUCUCAGAUAAUGAUGGAAGGACAUGGCUCCCUCUCUUCUCUGUGUUCAUUAUGAACUGGCUGCAUUUUUUGAGCCUGACAGGAGGCAAUUGAUUGCAGUUUCCAAAAGCACACACCCCACACUGGUUGGUAUAAGUCCUUUCCUUUCAAUAGCUUUUCUGGUAAAUAUUGCUAGCUCCCUGCCUUGGUCCAGAUAAAGCCUCUAUAAGCCUGGAGUGCCCUUUCCCUGGGGUUCCACCUCUCCAUUUGUUCACUAGCUUUUCUAGAACUAUGUAAUUGUAAAGACUAGAAGUCUAGAAGAAACUCCACAUUGCCUUGGGUUCAAUAUCAAAUCUUCGUUGGUGAGGCAAUAAAGAUAAUGUGAUAGAAAGAACAUAGCAUCAGGGUGGGAAAACUUGUAUGUCCAUAUGGUGAUCUUCUUACUGCGGCAUUAAUGUAAACAAGUUAUUUCCCUCUAUAAACCUCACAGUGGCAAUAAUUAAUAAUAAUAAUAAUAAUAAUAAUAAUAAUAAUAAAUAUUCUAUGACUCUUGUAUAUACCAUAGAAUUAAAUGCAGUAAAUUAAAAAUUUGUGGCAUGGGCAGAGGCAGUGGGUAAGAAUUCAUGAAUACCUGAAUUCAAAUCCCCAGCACCCAUGUAAAAAAGUCAGGUGUGGUUGUGCAUGUUCACCUAUAACCCCAAAAUUAUGGGGUGUGGUCAAAGAUAGGCAAAGUACUGGAGUCUGCCAGCUGUUAACUCUGCUUCAGGUUCAAUGUGAGACCCUGUCUCAAGGCAAAUGAGCUAGAGAGUGAUGGAGCAGGGCAUAUUAUGUCUUUCUUUGGCCUGUACACAUGCAUGGGUUAAUGCAUUAGUGCACACAUACCAAACACACAAUACAUAAAUUUAAUUGAUUAAUUAUAAAAUUUAAAAUAUACGUCACAUUGUUUCACAUAAAAUUAAACAUACAUAUGUCAUGUGACCCUUGAUUCGACCUCUUAGAAGAUACUCCAUAUGAAUACAUUCAUAAAAAAUUUACACACAAAUGUUGAUGGCAGCUUUAAUUAAUAAUAGAACCAACUUGCAGCAUGCCCAGAGUCCAUUAACAGGUCAGCCAAUAAGCAAAUUAUGGCAUAGAUGGUCCCCAACAUAUGAUAGUUCAGCAAUAAUAUAUUUUAGUUUAUAAUGGAAUAUAUAUUUGGUAGAAUCCAUAUUUUAAAUUUUAAUUAUUUUAUUCUGGUCACAUGUAGCACCAUACAAUGCCUGCAACCCAUAGCUUUCAACCAGCCACACAGUCACAUAGAUAAAUCCUACAGUGUUCUGUGUGUUCAUUUAUGAUAUUUGAUAGACAAUGCGUGUUCAUUAUGAUAGUGAUCUCUUAUUUACUUUACUUUCAGCUUAGCAUGUGUUGAUCUGGAAGUAACUUUUUUUGUACAUUGGUAGCACUUCCACAUUCAGCCAGUGCAGCCAUUCAGCUGGUAUUUGUAGCAAUAUGGCCGAUAACAAGAUAGGUAAAGACACUUGCUGCCAAACCGGAAACUUGAGUAUGAUCACCUGGUCCUACAUGGAGGGAAGAGUGGAUAGGAUCCUGAAAAUCGUUCUCUCACCUACACAUACACAUGCACGUUGUGGCACACAUGCACCUGUACACACACACACACACACACACACAAUUGAAUAAACAAAUAUGUAGUAAGUAUAAACAAAAGUGUUAUGCUCAGAGCAAGAUGCCAAAUACAGAAAACUGUACUUUGUCUAUUCUGUGAUUCAACAAACAUUCUAGGAAAGACAGAUUAAUUAAUAAGUUAGUGGUGACCUGGAUUGAGGCAAGAGAGCUCAUUAGGAAAGGGCCCAAGAGAUUGCGUGUGUGUGAAUGCAUGUGUGUGUGUGUGUGUGUGUCUGUGUGUGUGUGUGUGUGUGUAUGUGUGUGCCCUUGUGUGUGAGAGAUGGGGUAGGGAGGGAAUUCAUCAGUAUCUACUUGUAUGUCUCGAGAAGGACUUGCAGUUCAUCAGGUUGGCUAGGCGGUCUCUCCAUUGAGCUUCAAAAAUCAAGUCUACCUGCCUCUCUCUCCUGAGUACUAGAGUUACAGAAAUGUUCCAACAUCUCUGACUUUCAUUAAAUUCUGGGGAUUUGAAUUCAGACCUCAAGCUUGUACGGUAGGCACUUUAUUGACUGAGCCACCUCCCCAGCCCUCAAGGAAUCUUUGAAUGAUUGUGAUGGUGGUUUCCUGGGAAUGCAUAAUGGUCAGAAUUUACAGAUGGUGACUUCAAAUGUGAAUAUGUAUGUAAAUGUGCAUAUGUAUGUAUGUAACUGUGCAUUGUAUGUAAAUGAUACACUAAUAAAGUUGAUUAAAAAUAUCUAGUCCAAUG